UGCUUUUUACAUCUCUCAACCGACACCAUAACUAAAAUCUGUCCACAAACACUACCCUCUCUCUCCGCGUCUCUUUCUAUAUUCACGCGAAAGUAUCGAGCCCCACGCGCCGCCACCAAUGGCCUCCGCACCGACAAUCCCAAUCUCGAACCCGUCUCAAUCCUCCCAGGCCCCGAUCGCCACGCCCGCCUUUCGCUUGUUCAUCUCACGGAUCUCGUCCUCGAUCCGCCAGGGGUUCUCGCAGCGUCGCCCGUGGUACGAACUCGUGGACCGGAGCGCCAUGACCCGACCCGAGUCAUUAACGGAGGCAUACUCUCGGAUCCGCAAGAACCUCGGCUACUUCCGCGUGAACUACCUCACGUUCCUCGCCCUCGUGCUCGCAUUCUCGCUCCUUUCGCACCCUAUCUCCCUCAUCGUCCUCCUCUCCCUCCUCGCCGCGUGGACCUUCCUCUACCUCUUCCGGUCGUCCGAUCAGCCUCUGGUCAUCCUCGGCCGCACGUUCUCCGACCGCGAAACCCUACUCGGCCUGUCCCUCUUGACUGUCAUCGUGGUCUUCCUCACCACCGUCGGAUCGCUCCUGAUCUCGGCGCUAAUGAUCGGCUUCGCCAUCGUCUGCGCGCACGGCGCGUUUAGGGUUCCAGAGGAUCUCUUCCUGGACGACCAGGAGCCCGCGAAUGCAGGGUUUCUCUCCUUCCUCGGCGGCGCCGCCUCCUCCGCUGCUGCUGCCGCCGCCCCCGCAGUUGCCGCGCGCGUUUGAGAGGUUGGUUAAUUUGUGAAAUUGAAUAUUCUUACCUUCGUGUGUUUGUAAUUGUAGGACAAACUAUGAAGGUUCAUUUGCUUGGGAAAUUCGAGGCAAAUGAUAGGGGUUUUGAUAUACUUACCUUUUGUGUUUGUAAUUGAAGAACGUUUUUUUCUUAGACUUGCAUGGCUUACUAGUUCUUAGUUCCUGUACUUCUGGAAUUUAAUGAAUCCAGUUUUGCCAAUUGUACUGUGUUACAUCAUGGUAUUUUUUAUUGAUAUUGAACGUUCCAAUC